AUUGAAUCUUGGAAGUGUCUCAAGCAAAGCCUGGUCAAGGUCAGGUCUGCUGAUGAUGCUUUGGUAGUUCCUAUAUACUUCGAUCAAAGCCUCAAGAUUACACAGCUGAAUGGCAUCUGCUUGUAAAAAGGAAAACAGACUGGUUACAGAACAGAAUAUUUUUAACUAUUGCAUUUCUGGUGAUUUAAAAGCUUUGAAAGAAUGCGCUCAUUCUGUUGGUCAAGUAGUUCAUAAAAAUUCACUUGACGGUCAAACUUGCUUGAUUGUCGCUUGUAGAAAUGGUCAUUUAGAUGUUGCUGAAUAUUUAAUCGAUGUUCAUGGAGCAGAUGUUGAACAAGUCGGCGUUGUAGAGUUUGAGGGUGAGCAAGUUGAAGGUGUGCCUCCAUUAUGGUGUGCUGCAGCGUCUGGUCAUUUAAAACUGGUUGAACUGCUAGUCAAUCGUGGUGCAGAUGUCAAUCGAACGACAAUUACAAAUUCAACAGCACUUCGUGCAGCCUGCUUUGAUGGACAUGAACAGGUUGUUCGAUACCUCGUUGAACAUGGCGCCAACAUAGAGAAUCCUAAUCGUCAUGGUCACACUUGUCUUAUGAUUAGUUGUUAUCGACGUCAUGACAAUAUUGUUGAAUAUUUACUCAGUAAAAAUGCUCGAGUCAAUAGGAGAAGCGCUAAAGGUAAUACUGCAUUACACGAUUGUACAGAAAGUGGAAAUUUAAAAUGUCUACAGUUGUUAUUGAGUCAUGGAGCUAUAAUGCGUAAAGAUGAAUAUGGCCAAUCACCUAUCAUGUCUGGAGCGAAUGCAGCCUUUAAAAAGAUCGUGGAUUAUUUAUCUGUUUUCGAUAUACCGGAUACAGGACAGAAAAUUAGUUGUUAUGAGAAAGCUGCAGCCUACGACCUAUUAGGCGCUAGUCUAUUCGAUCGUCAUUCACUUGUACAAGAUGCUAUUGCUGCAUGGUUUCAAGCGAUAAAAUAUCGUACAGAAUUCGCCAUCUAUAAUACUAUUGUACCUAUGGAAAUAGUUCAUCCAGAUAUGAAUAGUUAUAAAUUUAUUCCACAUCGUGUACCGCAGUGUUCAUAUUGUCAGAAUGGGCUGAAGUCGUCGUUCACUUCAUCACCGCCAUCAUCAUCAUCAACAACCACAUCCACAUCAUCGUCGUCCGUGAAUGGCGAAGAUACAGAAGUAACCCUAGGUGGUGGUAAUACCGCCUCAGAAGGAGGAGGAGGAGGAGAAGAAGAAGAGGAAUGUGCUGUUAACAGAGAUGAUGAUGAUGAAAGGUGGUCAUUGACAAAUAAUUCACCAAAAAACUGUUGGUCCCUAAUAUCACUAGCUGCACGUGAAGCUGUUGGACUGUCUGAAUAUAAUCGUAAAGCUGAACAAAGUUAUUCUCAGUCAUUAUUUUCACAACGUAACAAACAAUCAACAAUCAUUAAUCAGCUGUUAUCGAGACGUAAUGUAUACAACAGUAAUAAUAAUAAUAAUUCACAGUACAAUAAAUUGUCAUCCACAAAACGACGAAAUUCUUCACAAGAAUUCCAUAAUAUCUAUAAAAGUAAAUAUGAAAAAUUAAAAUUAGACUUACAAAAUGCCUACCAAUAUGAAUUUGAACGUUUAGGUCAUUCAUUGUAUCGUACAAAUUCCCUGAGAGAUUAUACAACAUCUGAUAAUCAUUCAGCAUCAUUUUGUUCUGCAUUCCUGCAAGGUGCGCAUAAUUCACGUCUCGGCUUACGAUCUAGUUGUUCUAGUGGUCAUUAUCAUUAUUAUUAUAGUGAUCAAAUGCCUGUAAGUCCAUCAUCAUCAUCGACUGGGGCUGGUGGUAGUGGUAGUGAUGGAACGUCUCCGCCUACUUCUGCUACACCUUCUUCGCAUUCUUCUACGCCAGUAGUAUCACAUCCAAAUGGUGUAUUCAUUCAAUCUGUUCUACCAGUUGAUCCUAUUUUAGGCUUUGAACCAAAAUGUUGUCAAAUUGCACGUUAUCGUCGUUGGCUACUCGAACCGGUUGAUAAUGAUCAUGGUGAUGAUGAUGAUGGUGAUCAGGCAUACUCUUCUUCGUCUUCACUGUCUAAGAGUGACAAGAAUACUGGAUUGCUGAAGAAUAGUUGUAGUAGUAGUAAUAGUAAUAACAAUAAUGCAGAGCAGAUGUCUGUUACAAAAUAUAUUAAUCAAUGUACUAAUUGUCAACGUAUACUUGUUUCAAUGAAUAAUGUUCAUUUGAUGAGUAAUGAUGAUGAUGAUGGUGGUGGUGAUAGGGCUUUCAAUAAAUCUGUCUGUCCAAUAUGUAAAACAGUGAUAACAGAUCCUUCUGGCAAUUGUUCAGGUGAUGACAAAAGUGGUACUAAACAGUUUACUACUUCCACAGGAAAUGGUCAUGUGUCAGUGACUGAGAGUACUGAAGAUAGUUCAAUGUAUAUUUGUCCACAAUGUCAUUUGGCAACAGAAAAUCAUCCAUUGAUACGUCGAUUGAAACAAUGCGGUGAAGAAGCUUUUGGACAUGUAUGCGAAUUUCGAACACAUGAUGAAUUAUCUAGUCUAAUGUCGAAUACCCACGUACUACGAUUACAAUCACUGUUAAUACGUUUACGUAUAUUAGGUCCAGAUCAUCCGGAUACUAUUUAUUUUAUUCGCUAUCGUGGUGCAAUCUACGCCGAUGCUGAUAACUUCCACCAGUGUUUAAGUCUAUGGCGUUAUGCUCUAGAAUUACAACGUACAUUUCUUGAACCGUUAUGUCAUGUCUCACAGGCUGCUUUUGUUAGUUUCGCCGAGUUAUUUCAUUUUGUUCUAACAAAUAAUUGUAUUGGUCUACCGGCUGUCGAUUUGAAUCCAACACUGAUAGUGGAUUGUUUAGAAUUGGCGAUAGACAAUAUAGAAAGAGGUAUGGACUAUUCCUUUUAUCACUGGCAUCAUAGACAUCCAUGGUCGUAUACAGCAGCGGAUAAAGAAGCCAUCAAUUUAAUGCGUCAUGUCUCACUCUGUCUACAUUUUAUAGCUAUGAUUCUGAUACAUUAUGUACCGAAUAGCAAGGCACUACCUAAUAUUCGACCAUUACGACGUCAAUUGACCAGUGGGAUAACUCAGGUAGUCAAUGAAACUUUCAAUGAAUUAAUACAAGAUCAUACAGCGAAUCUGUCUACUGUGAUACCAAAUAUACAAGAUUUAAUUACUACUAAUAAUAAUAAUAACAGUAGUGGUAAUAUGGGUGAUGGACAAAGUAAUAAUAAUAUAGCCAAUGAAAUGAAAAAACGUUUGUCGCCUGAACUACGUCAACGAUUUUUCCGUCAAGUAUACAGAUUAGUGAAAUUAGAUCCUCGAGUACAUCGUGGUCAAAGUUUAAUACACUUGGCUUGUUCACCAGAAACUUCAACUGUUGGUCGUUUUGUAAUCUGUCCAUUUCCAAAUGUAAAUGUUUUAUCCUUAUUAUUUGAAUUGGGUGCAGAUGCAAAUUGUGCUGAUGUUGAUGGUCAACGACCUAUUGGUCAUGUUCUUGCUCAACGUCGACUGAAAAGUUCUGAUCAUGCAUCUCUUAUCAAAACUCUUGUCAAGUGUGGUGCUCAUUUAGAUGCUACAAAUCGUAAUUCUCAAACUGUUCUCUACCAGCGUUUUCAACAUAUCUUAGCUGAAUCGCAUGUACAAGUAUUGAAUCAUGUUACGUUGGCGUGUCAUGCUGCUCGUGUCGCCAAUCGGUAUGGAUUAACCGCAUCCAAUCCAUCGGUACAAGCCUACUUACCGAGUUAUUUGCUGUCUUUCUUACAAAUGCAUCAAUAAUAAUAAUAAUAAUAAUAAAGUGAAACAAGAAUUUGUAUUAAUUAAUUUGCUUUCUGAAAAAAGGAGACUAAUUAAUUAGUUAAUGAAGAGGACAAGUUGGCUUACAUUUGUUGUCUCCUCAAUGGAGAGCGUGUGUGUUUGUGUGGUUGGGAAUGUGGACAUCAGGCACAAAGUGCCAUGUCAUAUGUAUGUUACCUCUGACACUCCUGCCUUCUUCUGUGAUUGCCAAACUGUUGCUCAUCUCUUGUUUUCUUUUGAGCUGUUUCCUUUUUUUGUUUGUUUGUUCUUUACGCCUGUCUAAUAAACGAUGAUGUGUGUGUGUGUGUUGACGACCGCUGCCCCUCUGAGUGUGAGGAUGACUGGGGGAGUGAAUGCAUAAAUGAAAAAGAUCUUCCAAUGGUUAAUCUAUUUAUUGAGUUUUGUUAUCUUUUUUUUUCUUAAAUAUAUUUUGUUCAGGAUUUAUUAACUCCCCCUCUCUUUCUGUGAUUAUAAUUAUACUUAUAUAUGUUAGUGCUAUACUGCCUAGUAAAGUAGUUUAUUUCAGUAGUACUGUUAUGCCUAUUUUUUAACAGGUAGUUAUGUUAUUCACUUAUUCUCUUUUUCUUCAAUUGUACAGUUUAUCUCUGUUAUGAUUAUUAUUAUAUAUCAUGUUUUUGUGAUACAGAUUAUUUUAAAAUAAAAUGCAUAUACAGUUAUAAUGAGAA